AGAUAGUAUAAAAAGGCGACACACCUGUCUCCCUCAAGACUUCGAGCGCAACCUGCUUCAAGAAACGUGCACGUUUUGCAGAGAAUCAAUCCAAGAUGACGUCUUACGAUGAGAAGAAGACCCUGCCGCCUGCCGAGGUGCUGCCAGGAGGAGUCUUUCCAGACGAGAUCGCUGCACUCAAGAAGAAGGCCCGUGGAGAGAACGCGAGUCGUCUGAAGAUCGGCAUCGCCAUCGGCAGCGUGGUUCUGGUGAUACUUGCAGUGGUGGGGGGAACCCUGCUGGGACUCCACCUCAACCGGAAACCCAACGUAGUUGUGCGCUCGGUACAGCUGGCCAUAGAUGAUGAGAUCAUGGAAGAGACCGUGGAAGUGGACAAGGAGAAGGACACCGAGACUUUCCGUACAGUCAGCUCUAACGGGACGUCCUUUGUCAUCAGGGAUAUGAAGACGAGCCUCUCGGCCUACAGGUUUGAUGGUGAUGAGAAGUGCUACAUUCUCUACGAAAGUCUUGAGGAGGUCGAGGACACUGCGAAGAUGGCGGAGGACAUGGAACAGAUGGAAGAGGGAGAACUUGAUGCUGCCGAACGCCGCCCAGAGACGUUCCUAACUGUGGACAAGGACCGUGGGGUGGUAGAGCGGUCAGAGCUGAGUGAAGGCAUAGUGGAGUUCUGCGAGGGACUGAGGACCCACUGGGCCGUCAAGUCUUCCUUUCAGCCUACCCCCACCCCAGGGGCGACUGUGGAGGAGGAGGAGGAAGAGAAAGAUGAUGAAGCUAACUCAGAGAUGGAGGUUCACUCUGGAACCAACGGGACGACUGCUGUGAAGAAGCGUGAGAAACGUUUGGUCGCGACCGAGAUAUGCCGCAGGGUCACCAGAAUGGUCUGCAAUUGGGCUUGCAAGGAAGUGUGCUCAAGACGUGGUCGCAGGGGUCUGUUGGAAGGGAAACCGGAACAAGAAGUGAAGAAGCGCGCCAAGCGUGGAUGGUUCAUCAAUCUCCGCCGUGUGGUGGAUGCGGUGGUGUCGUUCGUCUGCAGGGUUGCCUGUGGCUGGACGUGUGGCGCUGUUACCACCGGGGGCUGUAUUUUGGUCUUCGGACCCGCCGGCUAGGGUCAGGCCAUACAAGGGUGAGUUCGAAAGUAAAUAAGAAAUUAUGCAAGUGGUUUCAUAACAGACGCAUUUUUUAAUCGAUUGAGUUGUAAUUUGGCACAAAGGUAGAGGCAUAUGUCCUCUUGAGAUUCAAAUAUCUGCUGUUUUUUUAUAAUUGACUGAGCUGAUUUCAAUGUUGACAAUGAAAUUACACUUGUAUGAUACCAGACAUUUGAUAUCAUACAAGUGUAAUUUCAACCUCCUACAGUAAUUGAAAGUGGGUCAGAUUUAGAUGAACUGAUUGUGUGACAAGUUUCCAAGUGUGUGGUGAUCGUGAAAUCCACUCUGUUGCUCAUAGAAUAGGACAGAUUAAAAAAUGCAAUCUCAAGAGGACAUAUUACUGUGCCUUUGUGCUAAAUUUCAACUUAAUCGGUUAAAAAAUGAGUCUGUUAUGCAUGAUUCAAACCACUUGCAUUACUUUCUGACUCACCCACCCCUCGUACAUUGCCGGCACGACUAAUGAU